AUGACUCUGCUCUUCUCUCGCCCUUUGCCUGUAUCUUCCCAUUCUCUCCUUAUCCCUCCCAAUACAAUUAAGAUUAUCUAUUAUCUCAUGACUCUGCUCUUCUCUCGCCCUUUGCCUGUAUCUUCCCAUUCUCUCCUUAUCCCUCCCAAUACAAUUAAGAUUAUCUAUUAUCUCAUGACUCUGCUCUUCUCUCGCCAUUUGCCUGUAUCUUCCCAUUCUCUCCCUUAUCCUCCCAAUACAAUUAAGAUUAUCUAUUAUCUCAUGACUCUGCUCUUCUCUCGCCAUUUGCCUGUAUCUUCCCAUUCUCUCCUUAUCCCUCCCAAUACAAUUAAGAUUAUCUAUUAUCUCAUGACUCUGCUCUUUCUCGCCAUUUGCCUGUAUCUUCCCAUUCUCUCCCUUAUCCCUCCCAAUACAAUUAAGAUUAUCUAUUAUCUCAUGACUCUGCUCUUCUCUCGCCAUUUGCCUGUAUCUUCCCAUUCUCUCCCUUAUCCCUCCCAAUACAAUUAA